AUGAUAACGGUGAACUUUAAGGACUUCAAAAAGGAGAAACUAUCUCUCGAACUCGAUCCAUCGUCUACUGUACUCUAUGCUAAGCAACAACUUGCACAGCAAAAGGACUGCGAUGAAACACAAAUCAAACUCAUCUUUUCGGGGAAAGUGCUUCAGGAUGAGCGUUCCUUGGAAGAUUGUAAGCUGAAGGACGGGGACCAAGUUAUAUUCAUGAUCUCUAAGAAGAAGUCGCCCGCCACUAAGACCACUCUACCACCAGCCGCGCAGGCUGCGGCUCAACCCGCAGAACAGGCGACAAACACCACCCAACCGACUGCACCAACUCCAGAAGCCGCUACUAUCGCCACACCGGAAACAUCUACCGGUGCUUCCGGGCCGUCUGCUGCAGCUAGCGAUCCGGGUUUCGUAACAGGUUCUCAGCGUGAUGAAACUGUUACCAGGAUCAUGGAGAUGGGUUAUGAAAGAGAACAGGUAGAAAGAGCGCUUAGGGCAGCCUUCAACAAUCCAGAUAGAGCUGUGGAGUAUUUGCUCAUGGGCAUUCCAGAAAAUUUGCAGCCUCAACAACAGGCACAGCCACCAGCCCAGCAAACUAGCGGCGAAGCAGACUCCACACCAGUUGAACAACCAGAAGGAUCUACUCAAACAGCUCAAGCGCCAUCUGAGGAUGAUUUGUUUGCACAGGCUGCUGCAACAAUUGAAAAUGAGGACAAUCCUGAAAACCCUCGUGCUCCAGGGACUAUUGGGCUCACCAUGGAAGAUCUACUUUCUCUAAGACAAGUCGUCACAGGAAAUCCAGAGGCGUUGCCACCCUUGUUGGAAAGCCUCAGCUCACGCUAUCCAGAACUUCGCGAGCAAAUCAUGAAUAAUCCAGAGAUGUUUAUCAGUAUGUUGCUAGAAGCUGUAGGAGGAUCGCUACCGGAAGGUCUAGUAGAUGAAGAAGCCGCAGGUGAAAUUCACGCUGAAGGCGGUGCUGAAGCCUCUGAAACACAGGGUGGUGAAUCCGUGCCCGGAAUCGAGCUCACUCCGCAAGAUCAAGAGGCUAUUUCACGUUUAUGCGAACUGGGAUUCGAGCGUUCCCUUGUCGUCCAAGUCUACUUUGCAUGCGAUAAGAACGAAGAGGUCGCCGCUAACAUGCUGUUCAGCGACUAUGCCGAUUAA